GAGUCUGUCAAGCCAGUAACUGUCGCAGCAGAAGUUCCUCCAGUAGAGAAGAUGCCCAACAAGCCACCAGCUAUACUUCAUGUGACGACAAAACCACCCACAAAGAUGGUGGCAUCCCCGUCAGAGAUCACAUCACCUGAACAACUGACAGACGGCACUUUGGAAAUGAAUAAAGGUACUCCUGCUGAAAGGAAGACCUUUGAAGACUCCACAAAGACAUCAUUAGAAGAUACACCACACAAAUCUGAGUCUGAGAGCAGUGGCCAACCAAAGCCUCAGGUAGCCCAACUUGUGGCUGACAACUUACCCACCACUGAUGAGCACGGGGCUGUGAGCCCAAGCGAUCAGCCAGCCCUGAAGAGAGACAACACCCCAUGUCGCUCUGUUCACUUUGGUGUUGUGGAGAGAGAUGACGGAGGACCUCCACAGUUCAUUGGCUCACCGUCUGAUUCAGACCCAGAGCCGGAAGAGGUUUCUGGGGAUGAAGGCGAAGAGCAAUCUCCUGCCCCAGUGCCCAUCUAUAGAGGAGUGGGAAUGCUGCAGAGACAGAGAGAUGACAUAAAAAUGGAAGAAAGAAAAUGGGAAGAAAGCAGAGAGGGAACAGAGGGCAAUCAGAGGGAGAAGCUUAAGGUGGAGGAGGAGAGGAAAAAAGAGGAAGAUAAAGAGAGAGAGAGACAACUGGAGUCUGUGCAGCAGAGACCGGGAGAGGAAGAGAGAGAACUGGCAAAGCAGAAAGAGCAGUCAAUUCCAGCACAGGAGAAACUGGGAGAUGAGGAAAGGGAGAGGGAAAGAGAGGAGGAAAGACCGAGGGAGGAUGAAAGGGAAAGAGAAAGGUUGAAGGAAGAGGAGAUGGAGAGAGAAAGACAGCUGGAGGUUAUGUGGCAGAGAAAGAAAGAGGAAGAUAGAGCAAAAGAGACUGAGAGAGGAAGAGAAAGAGAGAGAGAGAGACUGAAGGAGGAGGAGAGGGAGAGAGAGAGACUGAGGGAGGAAGAGAGGGAGAGAUUGAGAGAGGAGGAGAGGGAAAGACUAAGAGAAGAGGAACGGGAGCGAGAGAGACUAAGAGAGGAGGAGAGGGCACAAGAGAGAUUAAGAGAGGAGGAGAGGGAAAGAGAGAGACUAAGAGAAGAGGAAAGGGAGCGAGAGAGACUAAGAGAGGAAGAGAAUGAAAGAGAAAGAUUGAAAGAAUUGGAGAAAGAGAGGGGGCGACAGAUGGAGGAGAUGGAAAGAGAGAGACUGAGGGCACAGGAGGAGCAGAGGGAAAAAGAGAGACUGAGAAAGGAAAGCGAAAGGGAUCGACAGAUAGAGGAGGAAAGACAGCAGGCAGAGGAAAGAAUGAAAGAGCAGGAGAAAGAAAAACAAAGACAAGAGGAACGAAAGAGAGCAAAGGAAACAGGAGAGACAUCAAGAGAGGAGGAGAGAUUGAGGGAAGAGGAGAGGGAGAAGCAGAGGUGGGAAAAGGGGAGCGAGAGCAUUGCAGAAGAGGAAAGGCUGAAAGAGCAGGAGGAAGAGAGGGAGAGGAUGGAAAUGCAAGAAGAGGGGAGGAGAGAAAGGCCAAAACAGGAGGUGGAAGAAGAGGAACUAGAGGACCCAGUAGAGAGAGAGAGGGAUGACAAAGGCUUUGGCAGCAAUGAAAACGAAUGCCGACAGGCACAGAGACGAAGACAGUGA